AUGGAGUACCUGAUUGUCCUGAUCUAUUUAGCUAGCCUGUUGGCGGUUGGUGAGCCACACGGGUACAUGAUUGAACCUCCCAUGCGAUCCUCCAUGUGGCGAGUGUACCCUGGGUUUCCCCCUAAUUACAACGACAUGGAACUCUUCUGUGGAGGUGUUACGAAACAAUGGGAUGAAAUGGAUGGGAAAUGUGGAACAUGUGGCGAUGCUUACGACGCAGAAGUUCGCGAAAAUGAAGCUGGUGGAAUGUACGCUACAGGCGCCAUUGGUCGAAACUACACACGUGGACAAGUAAUCAAGGUUGGAAUUCAAUUAACAGCAUCUCACUUAGGCAACUUUCAAUUCAAAAUCUGUCCUCACAACAACCCAGCCGUGCCAGUUUCUCAAGCAUGUCUUGAUCAGCAUAAACUGAAUUUAGCGGGAACGGACGAACAUCACUUCUACCCGAAGGAGACCGGAUUUUACGAAAUAGAACUUCAACUUCCAGAAGACAUGGUUUGUUCGCAGUGUAUCCUUCAAUGGCACUACAAGGCUGGUAACACAUGGGGUUGUACAGAGGACGGAGAUUGUUGUCUUGGCUGUGCCUCUAAACAAGAAACAUUUAUAAACUGUGCUGAUGUUACCAUAUUCGACAAUGACGGGACGGUUCCUUCCACAUCAGCACCAACCACUGCAAAACCGACUACUAGUGCCCCUGUAACCAACGCUCCAACUACUUCAGCCCCAACUAAUGCUCCAACUACACAAUCUCCAACGUCCCCUGCCCCAACCCAUGCCCCUACAACACAAUCUCCAACGUCUCCUGCCCCAACUCAUGCCCCUACAACAACUCUGCCAACACACGUGACAUCUGCGGACUCUGUGUUGAUGGACUGCCCGCCUGAUUAUACUUUGAUGUGUGACGGCGUGGGACAAUUGGCGGGUGACCUAACUCAGCAGCGCUAUUGUAACGAUCACUGCCGACUGAGGUCUUCCUCGUGUACCCCACAGUUCUGUACAUGUACAUGUCAGAAAAUAUCCUGCAAGUCGAUUGGUCCAUUCGAGGGUUCGACGAUCCAUGACGACUGGUGUCAAAUGAUGUGUACACAAAACUUCAGCCGCUGUCCUGAACUUAGCGGCGAGUGUGAAUGUACCGAGGACGCAUAAUACUGUU